UUGUAUUCUGUCGGAGCUUGAAACCGUGAGCUUGUUUGUCGCCCUCGCUCAAGCUCGUUCACUUUCUGAGCUCUCGAGUCAGCUUUCUCUUUGUCUCUACCCCGCGAUCAGCACUUGGUGUCUCACUGUGCUUGUCCGAGCUUUGUCACGUCCAUUUUGGUGCCAUAACGAGCGAGAUCUACCAUGGCGACCGAGGCACGGGAGGAGAAUGUGUACAUGGCCAAGCUGGCCGAGCAGGCUGAGCGUUACGAUGAGAUGGUGGAGGCCAUGGAGAAGGUAGCUAAGACUGUGGACACGGAGGAGCUCACCGUUGAGGAGCGCAACCUGCUGUCCGUGGCGUACAAGAACGUGGUUGGUGCCAGAAGGGCCUCGUGGAGGAUUAUUUCCUCGAUCGAGCAGAAGGAGGAAAGCAAAAGCAAUGACGAGCACGUUGCGGCCAUCAAGGAAUACCGCGCCAAGGUGGAGUCGGAGCUGAGCACCAUUUGCGACAGUAUUCUCAAGUUGUUGGAUACCCAUCUCAUUCCUACUUCUAGCACUGGUGAGUCGAAGGUGUUUUACCUGAAGAUGAAGGGAGAUUAUCACAGGUACUUGGCUGAGUUCAAGACUGGAGCCGAGAGGAAGGAAGCUGCUGAGGCCACAUUGUUAGCCUACAAGUCCGCCCAAGAUAUCGCGUUGACAGAGUUAGCACCCACUCACCCCAUCCGAUUGGGUUUGGCUUUGAAUUUCUCUGUGUUCUAUUACGAGAUUCUCAGCUCCCCCGAUCGGGCGUGCACUCUUGCCAAGCAGGCUUUCGAUGAAGCUAUCGCCGAACUAGACACUCUUGGUGAAGAGUCAUACAAGGACAGCACUCUAAUUAUGCAGCUUCUCCGUGAUAACCUCACUUUGUGGACUUCUGACAUGCAGGAUGAGGUUGGAGCGGAUGACAAGGAGAAAGUUGUUGAAGCCGAGGACUGAAACGCAUGCUAAGUUUCAAGUUGCUUUUAUUUGUGGAGGGGUGACGGUGAGUGGAUAAUCUUCCACAUACUGUCGAUUAGUAGUGCAAUACUUGAGCCCUGUCUACCACAAGAUUGGUUUGCACUGGACCUUAUUUCUGGCAAGAUCGUGAGAAAGUAGCUCGUCUGUUUUGGUUAGUUUCUUGUCCGGUUGGUGCUUGUACUUUCCGGUUGGUCCUCUAGUGCAGUUAUCUUAGUAGCGAGUUUAUUUAUCUGGUUAAUGAAGCAUCUUCAUGGAAUAAUGUGAUGAACACAUUAUCUGUCGAUGUACAAUCUCCAAUUACCUGCUUUCUCUGAAAGCGAAGAAAUGAUUCACAUAUCUCUGGUGUUUAUAUUGCAA